AGUUCGAUGAUCCAAGAUCGUAAAUAUGCACACUCACAAUACAGUUCGUUGCUCUUGAGAUCAAUUCACGCCUCUCAGCGUUACAUGAAAGCCUUCUCCAGAUGCAUACCAUCGAAACCUCUCCGGCCUUGUCUCCCUCCUACUUCCUACCGCUCCGUCGCCGCUCUCCUCCUUCCCGCCUCUUCGGUUCCGCUCCCGAACUCCUCUCCGCCGCACCCAUUGGUCGAAACCUUCGCCAGCCUAUGCCACCGAGGCGCCUUCUCCGACGCCAUCGCUGCCAUGGGUUCCCUCGAGGUUCACGGCCUUCGCGCCGACCCCAUCUCCUACUCAAACCUCAUCAAGCUCUGCAUCAGGAACAAUGCCGUCGACGAAGGCCGGCUCGUCCACCGCCACCUCUCUUCGGACGGUGACCACCCUGAGCUGUUCCUCUCGAACACUUUGAUGAGCAUGUACACGAAAUUUGGCCUCGUAUACGAGGCACGACAGCUGUUCGAUAGAAUGGGUGAGAGAAAUGUAGUGUCCUGGACUACCAUGAUCUCCGUGAUGACGAAUCUCAAGCGGAAUGAAGAAGCCUUAAGGCUUCUGAUCUCUAUGCAAAGGGAAGGGGUGGCUCCCAAUAUGUACACUUUCUCAGCUGUUCUCCGGGCCUGCCAAACAUUAGCGUCCCUCUGGUCGGUUCAUUGUUGCAUUGUUAAGUAUGGUUUGGAAUCGGAUGUCUUCGUCAGGAGCUCUCUCAUUGAUGUCUACUCGAAAUUUGGUGAUCUGGACUACGGAUAUCGGGUUUUUAAGGAGAUGGCGACACGCGACUUGGUGGUUUGGAAUUCCAUUAUCGGUGGCUUUGCACAGGGCGGAGAUGGAUACAAGGCUAUCAGUCUAUUUGCCCAAAUGAAGAGGGCGGGCUUCUUGGCAAACCAAGGCACAUUGGCCAGUGUUUUGAGAGCUUGCACCGGAAUGGUGCUACUCGAGAUGGGAAGGCAAGUUCAUGUCCAUGUGCUCAAGCAUGAGAGGGAUUUGAUUCUGAACAAUGCGCUGCUAGAUAUGUACUGCAAGUGUGGGAGCUUGGAGGACGCAUAUGCCGUGUUCCAGAGGAUGUCAGAGAGGGAUGUGAUCUCAUGGAGCACGAUGAUCUCAGGCUUGGCACAGAAUGGAAGAAGCAGUGACGCAUUGAAGCUUUUCGAGUCCAUGAAGAUUUUGGGUCCUAAACCAAACUAUAUCACCAUUGUGGGAGUUCUGUUUGCCUGUAGCCAUGCUGGUCUUGUGGAAGAUGGGUGGUACUACUUCAGGUCUAUGAAGAAACUCUUCGAUAUACAGCCAGGAAGAGAGCACUAUGGUUGCAUGGUCGAUCUACUUGGGAGAGCUGGGAAGCUCGAGGAAGCUCUCGAGUUUAUCCAGGAUAUGAAUUUUGAACCUGAUACAGUCAUCUGGAGAACACUUCUUGGAGCUUGCAGAGUUCACAAGAAUGCAAAUUUAGCAGCACAUGCAGCUAAGGAGAUUCUUAGAUUACAACCAAAUGAUGAAGGGGCAUAUAUACUCUUAUCCAAUAUUUAUGCUGAUUCUCACCGAUGGAAUGAGGUGGAACAGGUGAGGAAAUCCAUGAGAGACCGUCGGGUGAGGAAGGAGCCAGGUCGCAGCUGGAUCGAAGUGGGCAAAAAGAUCCAUGUCUUCAUCGUUGGGGACAUGUCACACCCACAAGCAGAUGGCAUUGAGAAAGAAUUGAGCCGUUUGAUCAGUAGAAUAGCCAACAUAGGGUACGUGCCGGACACAGAUUUUGUGUUGCAUGAUGUAGGAAAAGAGCAGAAGGAAGAAUCACUACGGUACCACAGUGAGAAGCUAGCAAUUGCAUUUGGAGUGUUGAACUCAACCAGAAGUAAGCCGAUCAGGAUAAUGAAGAACCUAAGGAUAUGUGGUGACUGUCACACCUUUGCUAAGCUCGUUGCUAAGUCUGAGGACAUGACCAUCAUAAUAAGGGACCCUGUUCGGUUUCACCAUUUCCAGGAUGGAGCUUGCUCAUGUGGUGAUUACUGGUAACGGUCCUAAAAGAGAAACAGAUAAGAUUAAUACUUGGUGACUUUGUUCUGCUCAUUUGUAAUUUGCACCAAAAUAUUUCUUCA